UUGGAAAUUGGGUUCUCCGUGGAUUGCUCCCAGUAGAUUUUCGCUGUUUGGUUUGUGCUGUUUUGUCCCUCGUGGUCUGUCCAGUUUGCGCGAAAACGGUGAAUUAGAAGUCGGCGGUGCGUGCAGUGGGUUCAGUGCACUUGUGUGAUCGAUCAGUGUGAAUAAGAAGCAUUUCCUCAAGUGAUUUCUGAAUCAAUCAGGAAAGUGUUGAGCAGUUCCAUUGCUGACGAGUUUCGGAAUUUGUGGAUUACGUUCAGAUCAAUUGUGCGGAAGACAGCUCCCGAGACCUGCUAGAAACAUCGCGAUGGCCAGCAAAGGACUAAGCAACAACGCUGCCCCGCAUUCGGAAAACUCUUGCGCUUGGGAUUCCAUGUCCGAUCACCACGUGCAUUUCGACACGGCAUCCCUCAAAGAUGAUUUCCAAUCAGAGAAGACAGUCACAUAUCAACCAACAGACAACGGCAUAAUUGUGAACCUAGGAUUCCUUCAAAUUAACCACAGAUACGCUGUCGACCUUAAACUUCCCGCUGAACUAUUCGGCGAAUUCUCCGAAUCCCCGCAACUUGUACCUGAUAUUUCCACAACGCCUAGCCUUCACUGUAGGAUAACAGAGUUCUCUGGAGCGAAACGCGAUGAACACGAUUACUUCGACAUGAAAAUCGAAUUCUUCGCCUACAAGGAGAAGUUGCUGAAGGAGCAGCUGCACAUAAUGAACUCGAAAAAGUCCAAGGAGAUCCUUAAGCUCGUCAUUGUAGCACGUGUACUGGGCAAGGGCAAAGGAACGCCCAUGCUGCGGAACGGCAUCCAUUGUAUAGGAGUGGAGAGGGACGAGGAGUCGGAAGCUUCAGAUUUCGCCGGCUUCGGAAAUGGUGCUAAUUAGUAGACUAUCUUUAAGGGAGUUAGCUUUAGCCUAUUGCAUUUCAUUCUUCCUCUGUUUUAUUGUAAUAUUAUUCGACUCAAUGACGAAUACAAUAACACACACUUGUAUUGAUAACAACCUCUAGUUGAUUUUAAAGUAUUAACUAUUUAUCUAAAGUAAUGUUUAUGACUAUUUAAGCAAGGUUGUAAAUAUUUUCUUUUAUAAAUAAAGUGCGGAAAACUCCA